GAACCAAAAAUCAUCUGACUGAUGUUGAUGAUUCUCUAUAAAUUGAGAACCUCUGUUGGAACACCUGAAUACUUAAUAAAUGGAUAAAAUUAACAUUAAUAACGACUGUCUGUGACCGAUCUACAUCUUAUCCAAUGUGUUCGACAGUCUCGUAUGAUAUAUGCCUUAGGAAAGUUCCUUGAAGAAGGUAGAUCGACAGUACCUUUAGCACCUUCUUGGUCAAACCGUUUCAACAACGAUUAGCCAGUAUUUCCACUGAUAAUAAUUUGAUUCUUCGGUUAUGGACUCUGAGGAGUAUGGCAACGAAUUAUCGAGAAACGAGUCAGAAAAUGAUAGCACUAACGAAGAAUGCGUGCAUUCGCCUAUAUUGUUGGAUCUAGAUAAAAAUUCUAAGCAACAGCAAGAUAUUUUAAAUCAAGAAGAAAGUUUGCCGUCUAAAGUUUCUAGUAUCAACCAGUAUUUGCAGGAUCAAUUAAUAAGAAAUGGUCCAGAAAAUAUAAAUAUGCCUCGACGACAAUCUGUAAGAAGAUCGUGGCAGGAUGAAAACUUCGAAGAACGUCAACAACAUAACGAUCGAGUAUUUGUGAUAAGAGUUCCCGAGCCGGAAGUGAUCAACACUCAUCCUCACUUGGAAAUCCUUCACGAAACUAAUAUCAAAUCAGUUCAAAGAGAACCAUCACAAACUGAGAAAGAUUACAAAAAAUCAGCUUGCGACCGUGAACGAACAAGAAUGCGUGAUAUGAAUCGCGCUUUUGAGCUUCUACGAUCGAAGCUACCAAUCUGCAAACCACCCGGUAAAAAACUUUCGAAGAUCGAGUCACUUAGGCAUGCGAUCACGUAUAUACGACAUCUUCAAAGCCUUUUAGAACCACAGUAUAGUUACACUUCGAGCAUACCAGAGCGAGAUUACUAUGGUAAUACUGCCUCAAUCACUACAAAUACUUCCGUAGAUGUUCAACACCCUCGGUGGGAAUCGUUCACUUAUUAUCGUUACGAUUAUCACACACCAUUUGUUAAUCCAUCGCCGCCAACGUUACCUUCAUCUAUUCACCCUCGAGUACAACCGGAACAAGACGAUCGACAAUUUUUUUAUGAAGCACGACAUUAAUACCUUCACAACAAAGUUACUAUUAAUCUAUUUAAUAUGUUUUUAAGAUCUUUCAAACAGUAAUAGUGGCACAGACUGACUUCACAAUAAGAAAUGGAUAUCUAAUUAAUCAAAUAUUUUACGUGCCUACCAUAAUCUCUGUAACUAUAAAUCUCAUUGACUCGAAAAUGAAAUACGCUUAAUUACUUUGUGAAAAACUUUCGCGCGGAUUAUUGGAUUGAUCCUAGUAUGCGAGCUUUCAAGAUCAUCUUCAAUUAGAGAAAGGUAAUUUGACAUACUGCAACAUGGUUCUAGCCUAUAACGUAUAAUAUGACUUAUUUGUAUGCGUAUUACUAUUUUUGUGAAUUCAAUUCAUAUAAAUGAUCGAAAAAAAUAGCUUUUCUCAGUGUAUCAGUAUCAGUGUCAAAAUCAUAGUGAUUUUGGUUUCUCUCUUGCGAGUAAAUAAUAAUAUUUAUUAUUUAAUUAGACAGAUAAAAAUAUUUUAAUUUUUAUACUCACUGGAUUUUUGUGAAAAUAUGCGCAUUACCGCUGACAACAAAUUAAUCUUUCUCGAAUGAAUAAUUUUCGAUAAAUUUUCGAAAUUAAAUAAAAAAAAAAGCAGUUUUACAUGUCCCCUCUCCAGAGUCUUAAACUUCAGGUACUCGUAAAAUAUUUUAUAAAAUUUGACACAGUAAUUUUUCUUUUAAAGUAAUAUUUCUUUUAAAAGAUAAUAAUACAUAAUAAUAAUAAAGAUAAAAUAUUUUCAUUUCAAAAUUCAUUCAGUCUAUAAUUUUUUUACAUAAAAUUCG